AUGCCGGCGCUGCUCCCUCGGGAAGGUGGCCGAUGCCGUGGGCUCUGGAGCGGUAAAUCCGUCUCCAGCGAGCAGCAGGAAGGGCUCUGGCGAGGCCCCGGGCGGCAGCUGCCGCGCUCCCAUCCCGUGGCUGCCCCCGUGUGCGGAGACUCAGCCGUGCGGACGCGCUGUCCUCGGAUCCGGAGGGAAGCUGAGAAGACUGAGGUGUUGAGCGAAGAUCUGCUGCAGGUGGAGAAGCGGCUGGAGCUGGUGAAGCAGGUGUCCCACAGCACCCACAAGAAGCUGACAGCCUGUCUGCAGGGCCAGCAGGGCCUGGACGCUGACAAACGCUCGAAGAAGCUGCCGCUGACAACACUGGCGCAGUGCCUGAUGGAGGGCUCGGCCGUGCUGGGGGAUGACUCYCUGCUGGGGAAGAUGCUGCGGCUGUGUGGGGAGGCUGAGGACAAACUGGCGCAGGAGCUGAUCCACUUCGAGCUGCAGGUGGAGAGGGACGUCAUCGAGCCACUCUUUGUGCUGGCUGAGGUGGAAAUUCCCAAUAUCCAAAAGCAGAGGAAGCACUUGGCAAAGCUGGUGCUGGACAUGGACUCCUCCAGGACCAGGUASGGAGUGCCUUCAAGGGACCAGCUCUCGGCUGACAUGUACAAUUUUGUGGCCAAAGAAGUCGACUAUGCAAACUAUUUUCAAACUCUGAUCGAGGUGCAGGCCGAGUACCACCGCAAAUCCCUGGCGCUCCUGCAGACCUUCCUGCCCCAGAUCAAAGCCCAGCAGGCCUCCAAGCUGAAGAAGCUCAAGGCUGCCCUGGACUGCUGCGUGGUGGACGUGCAGGAGUACUCGGCUGACCCCCACGCCAUCAUGAUGACGACGCUGUCGCUGCAGAUCGUGGGCAUCAUUGAGCCGCUCAUCCAGCACGCGGACUGGUUCUUCCCCGGAGACAUCGAGUUCAAUGUGACGGGGAACUACGGCAGCCCCCUGCACGUGAACCACAACGCCAACUACAGCUCCAUGCCCUCGCCGGACAUGGACCACGGUGAGCGCCGGCAGCACGACCAGGCCCGGCGGCCCCUCAGCGUAGCCACCGACAACAUGAUGCUGGAGUUCUACAAGAAGGAUGGCCUUAGGAAAAUCCAAAGCAUGGGCGUCAGGGUGAUGGACACCUCGUGGGUGGCUCGCCGAGGCACCUCCACGGGSCGCAAGGCGACCUCGGCCCCCCUGGCCGCGCAGUCCCCGGCCCCGCCCGCCGAGCUCCCCCCCACGCCCCACUCGCCCAUUCCCGAGCAGUCGCCGGAGAUUUCAGCAACGCCYUCCCCGCCUCCCACCAGCUUCGGCUUCCCCCCGGCAGCCGAGCGGACAAGCAGGGCUGACCCGGCAGCUGCCUGGCGCAGCGGCGGCCCCAGCGCCCCCCGCCCCGGGGACCCGCCGAGCCCCCGGCUGCGCUGCUCGCCCUGGGCGCAGUCCCUGUGGCCGGGCUGCAGCCGCAGCCUCCCCGCGCCCGCUCCGCUGCCCCCCCCGGAGCCGCCCCGCCUGGACACCGCGGGCCCCGGGGACGGCGCGCUCACAGGUCUGCUCCGUUUUGAGGUCCCCUCCCUGCACGUGUCCCCGGACGCCGCCCUGUGCCGGGAGCCGCCGGAGGCAGCGCAGAGACUCUCGGGGCCGAGCCUGACCCCGACCCCGCGGCAUGAGGAGGAGGAGGAAUCGGAGAGCACAGCCCUAUGACAGUGUCCCUGUCCCCAAGCUCAUCCGUGCGGCACCCGGGGCCAGCACAGGCCACCGGCACCGAGGGCCASGGGCCAGUUUUGGGUUGGCAAAGUGCCCGGUUUGGGGGUGGUUGCUGUUCUUUAGUUCAUUUUUGUUCGCCUUAUCCAGACUUUGCCUUUGAACCGGGUGCCUGCACCCCCCGCCCCGCAGCACCCACGACCCUGGGGCGAUGCCACCGCGUCCUCCGUGCCCCGAGGCGGGUGCCACUGGGUGCUGGCCAGGUGACGAGGAGCUCGCCGGCGCUUUGCAGUGGGAUUUCCUUUCUUUGGCUUCUUCUGCCUCUGCRUUUUUGGGAGCAGGAUGCGACCUGACCAGCAAUAACCUGGAGAUGCAGGAUGUGCCCCCCCAGCUCCCAGGGUGYUGGUGGGGGAGGUGCACGUCCCUCGGCACCCGCUGUCCCCGGGGCUUGGUGUCUUUGGUCGUGCAUGCACAGACAAAUUAACCUUUUAUCCUUUCCAGAGAGAGAAGAUCUAUAUAUAUAUAUCGGCAGAUAUAUAUAUAUCUAUAUAUUAUAUAUUUGUAUAGARAGAGAGAAACUAUAGAGAGAUCUGUUUUAUUUGGAGCCAUUCCCGCCCGGCCGGUGCGAGAGGGAAGAUGGAAAUGGCAGCGCUUCACCCCCACCUCGCUCGUGCCGUGCCCCCCGCCCCAGGUGGGCACCGGGGGGCACCAGCACCYCAAAGCAAUCAAUAAAUCCAAUAAAUCCGUGUGCCACUUGCUGAGAACUGCCCGGCGGCGCUGGCCUUUGCUUCCUGCCCCAGCCUCGGGGGGAGGCUUUGGGGGUGGAGAGGGUUUGGGUGAUAAAAUGAUGGUUUGGUGUUUUAUAUGGGCUGUCAGGGGUCUGGUCCCAUGGGAUGGGGCAGCAUCAGGCAUGGGGGUCACUCACAGUGGGGCUCCCCCMCUCUC